AUUUGCACACAGGCCCUUGUGAAGGCGCCGAAUGUUUGCACGAGGCACACGUGGGGGCCAAUGACGUCAUUGGCCAAGACACCGCCUCUAAUGGCGACAGACUUAAGUUCCAGGCCGGACCACUAGAUGCGGAAAACCAGUUCCAUGGUGCAUUAAUGCAUGGCGACGACGUAGCCGGGAAACAACACGAUGAAUCCGAGCACAAGCAUGAUCAUUCGCACGAUGGUGACGCACGGGAGACAGGGGUACCAGGCAUGCAUGAGGUCAUACACAAAGGCAUGCACGGCCAGGAUCCCAUGCCCGUGCACGAAUGGGAUACUUCAACGAACGGUGAUAAAGUCACUCAGCAGGAGCCAUCGAGUGGAGAGAAGUUAAUGCAUGGCGUUCUAAUGCACGGAGAUGCAGACUUUACGCAUAAAUCCAACGAAGAAGUACAUGCAUCUAUAUCGUCAGAUGAAAAUGGUGGAGCCGCAAAACCGAGUCUUGGAGAGGACUUAAUGCAUGGCGUUCUGAUGCAUGGUGAUUCUGCGCACGCGCAUGCGCAUGGCGGAAGUGAUGAUGUAUCAGAUGGAAGUAAAACGAUUGGUCCGGAUAGCGCGGGUCUGCACGGAAUUUUAAUGCACGGGGACAGCUCGAUCGGACACGACCACACAGAAGAAGAUUCAAAAUCUAAACAGGAAGUGUUCUGGGACGUGAGGCUAAUAGCGAGCAUGGGCUUGGAUGAAGAUCUCAUGAAAGUAAUUGAUCUGAAGAAAAUAAUAGAGAAAGACCAAAAGGAAUAUGCGGACUGGAUCUUGAAGAACCCGCAGUAUCAGGGGGAACAGAUGAUGGGAUCGAGUAACGCAGAGGUCACUGACUCGGUGCUGAAAGAUAUCGAAUUGAUGAAGAAGCGGUACCUGGAGAAGAACAAUCUGAAGUUAGAAGAGGAUGUAAAAGGUACGAAAGAUAUUCCAUUCACGGCGGAAGACGCCAAUGCAGUGCUGGGAGAAAUGGGCGGCCAUGGGAAGGCACUUGAAGGGGAAGACAUGACACACAAUCUUGAACUUUUGGGAAGUACGGAGCCUCUUAAUGCGCGGCAUAAAGUUAAACUCGAACUUCUUAAACACCAUUCAGACGAGAAAUAGGCUCAAUAAGAGUUUGUCUCAAUUUCUUAUAAGAUACAAUGGCAGAAUUUAAACUGCAGUUUUUGGUUGUUUUAUGGCUAUAUAUAAAUAUAUAUUCCUGUUUUACAAAAUGUUUGAUGUUUAACGGGUAAAACAAUAUACAAAUAUGUAAAACAAAAUAUGACGAAAACAGGUUAUUGCUUGAGAACAAAUAUGUCUGUUAAACGAUUGACUUCGAGAUGCGCCGUGGGAACGAAAAUAUACGUAUGUGCUCACGUGUUCUAUUUAUGAUGUUGACACAGAUUAGAGUGGAAAAGACAAUUCGCGUUCUUCAAAUGAUAUAUGUGAUACUGAUGUAAAUGUUUAUUAAAUUGUGCUGUAUCACAAUACGUUUAGUACUAAAUUAGAUUUAAAUAACUUUUGGGGCUAAUAUAACUCUGCAAAACCUGCAGCCCACCAAGAUUUCAAACAUCUAUCGAUUUUUGUUUAUUGUUUGGCAUAGCAAUAUUACGUUGGAGAACACAAUCUGGAAAUGAUCUAGUUUACAAAUACAUGUUAAGUUAAAUAUAAGUGAAGCUUUAUUUAGUAAGAACCAAGUAACACAGUAUUUACUCAUAAGUCUUCAAUACUUAACCCAUUAAUGUCUAGCGUCCCAUAUUUGGUCAGUAUUAAUUAUUUCAGAAAU